UAUUGGCAAUAUGUACAAAUUAAAUUAAAGAGCUAGUCAUGUUUAUCAUUAAUCCUAUAAGUCUAUUACUUAUACUGUAGAUUUAGUCAAAUUUAAUAUUUUAAUUGAUCAUGUAAUGUGGAGGCUGGCGUGUGGAAGAACAAGAUGUACUGUGCACUACAAGGCAAGGGAGGGUAGUACAAACAGAUUAAACAGGGGAAGCGGCAAAGUCAACAGGAAAGAAGUCUGCUUUAGUGGCAGCCUUUUUCUUUCUUUCUUCUCUUUUGCUGUAAAGACUCUGCAUCUAAAAUGGUUGUACAAAUCGAUCACAUAACUGUACUUUGAUUCCUUUCUAUCUCGCUUGUAUCCUUUUAUAGGUUCUCCACUUCAUUUCUCUAUGACCAUUUCUUUAUUCAAUUGCUUGUGCCAACUAAUAGGAAGCUUAAGGAAGAGAACAACUAUAACACCUGCUACCAAACUACAACUACAAGCGAAAUUAACCUUUUUUAGCUUGUAAUUGGAUCGCUUACAGAUUGUAGGCUGAUUCUGGGGAUUUAAUUGAGCAAGUUCAAGGUGGUUUCGCAGUUUUGAUCCUAUGAAUAAGUUGUGCUGUUUUGGUGCUUCCUACUCUCGGCUUGUAGGAGGCCGUUCAUCAUCAAGCGCUGGUAAGGGAAAAAGCCAUGAGGGUUCAAUCAAGUAUGGUUUUAGCCUAAUAAAAGGGAAGGCUAAUCAUCCCAUGGAGGAUUAUCAUGUUGCUAAGUUUGUGCAGAUUCAAAGACAUGAAUUGGGGCUUUUUGCCAUUUACGAUGGCCAUUUGGGAGAUGGUGUGCCUGCAUACCUACAGAAGCAUUUGUUUUCCAAUAUCCUAAAGGAGGAAGAGUUCUGGGUUGACCCCAACAGAUCUAUCUCAAAAGCCUAUGAGAGGACUGACCAGGCAAUUCUCUCUCAUGGUUCUGACUUGGGGCGUGGUGGGUCCACAGCUGUUACUGCAAUUUUGAUAAAUGGGCAAAGAUUAUGGGUAGCAAAUGUUGGGGAUUCUAGAGCUGUGCUGUCAAGAGGGGGUCAGGCAAUUCAAAUGAGUACGGACCAUGAACCUAACACUGAACGAGGAAGCAUAGAGCACAGGGGUGGCUUUGUCUCAAACAUGCCAGGAGAUGUUCCUAGGGUUAAUGGGCAGCUGGCAGUUUCUCGUGCUUUUGGAGACAGGAACCUCAAAUCACAUCUGCGAUCAGACCCUGACAUACAAGACACCGUUAUAGACAAUAAUGUAGAUAUCUUAAUCCUUGCAAGUGAUGGCCUUUGGAAGGUGAUGUCAAAUCAAGAGGCUGUUGAUAUCGCAAGAAGGAUUAAGGAUCCAUUGAAAGCAGCUAAGCAGUUAACAGCCGAGGCAUUGAAAAGAGACAGUAAAGAUGAUAUAUCUUGUGUGGUUGUUAGGUUUAGGAGGUAAAGGCUAUUGAAAGCUAUUGUUCUGCUGGUGUCUGCGUAUAUACAUAUCAUGAAAGUUCCUUUACACGGGUUGCGAAUUUGUGGAUGAGACAAAUGACAACUGCAUGGUUGUGGUAACCGUAAGGUCCUCAGCCACAGCCUCUGUAAAUUUAUUUUAUUGAUUAGGUUCUGGUUUUUGAAAUUGUUUGAUUUCUUUAUGAAAUUGAAUUAGAAAUCUAGUGCACAUUGUCUUAUAAUCUGCACGGGAGAUCAUGUAUCCUUUUUUCUCUUUACAAAGAUUAUGGCUUUGAUUGUGCUUGGAGGGUCUUUCCAGAUUAAUGAAGUAUGGUAUAGUGAAGGGCAUCCCCUUUGUGACUCU